AUGGCGACGCCGUUUCCCAACAUCUACACCCAUCGGAAGGUCGCUGAGACGUCUUCCAAGGCUUGCGAUGUCUGCUACAAGCCCAGCACAUCCGUACUAAUAACCCCAGAUAAGAAGGAUUUCUUCUACAUCUGCCCAGUCCAUCUGAAGGACCCCAACUUUGCUACUCCCAAAAUUGAUGAGGAAGCUGUCAAAGCAAAGCGGGAAAAAGAACUCGCUGAAGAAAAGGAAAAGCUGAUGAAGGAGUACGAGGAACGGCAAAAGAAGAAGAAGGAAAAGGAGAAGGAGAAGGAGAAAGACAAGGAUGGCAAAGACAAGGCCAAGGACAAAGAUGAGGAUAAGAACAAAGACGAGGACAAGGAUAAAGACAAGGCGAAAGCGGACGACGAGAAUGACACUCCCACGGAGGAGGAGCCUCGGGUUUUCGAGCUCAAACAACUCUUUCCACAGCUACUCAUUGUUAUUCUCAGCGUGUUCUAUCAACAGAGGAUUCAGAAAAAGAGGCAGGCAGAAGUUGCCAAACGAGACCGCGAGAGGGCGUCCCAGCCUGGCUACUUCCCGUCUGUCCCUUCAGAUCUUCCCACUAGGUGA